GUUGGCCCGGGACCUGCAGCUCAAGCAGCGCCGGCGGAGCUGCUGGCGUGACUACUGGGAUCUCAAGGCGUUGCUUCUGCAGCUGGAGGAGGCCGGCGCGCGCGUGCCGGAGGAGGAACACGACAGGAGGAGGAACGCCUUCAAGACGGCGGAGCAUUACGCCCGGAAGACUCUGCGCAUCUCUGAGUCGCUGCUGAGGGAGCUGCAGCUGGAAGCCCAAAACGCCGGCUAUGAGGUCUACGUGGCCUCUGGAGGGGAUGCAGAGGAAGAGGCGGCCAAGCGGAGCGGCGGCGGCGACCUGGUGUCCUCGGACGACUUGGACGCUCUGAUCUUCGGCGCGCACAGGAUGGUCGGCUUCCUGGACCGCCUCCGCAAGGACACAGAUGCCCGGCGUCCCUUUUGCAUCGAGCUGAGCGAGCUGCAAGCGGCCCUGGGCUUUGCGAGCCACCGCCAGUUGGUGGAGUUCGCCAUACUUUGUGGCUGUGACUACACGGGAAGGCUUCCUGGCGUCGGGCCGCACAAAGCGCACCGCAUCAUCUCGGAGUACAAGUCCAUCGGCAGGUUCAGGAUUUGCAAAGAGGGCAGGGCCAUCUCCAAGGAAGCGUGGGCCAACUUCAAGUACAAGGAGACCCGGACUUUGUUCGAGAAGAAGCUCGUGGCAGCUCUGAAGCCCGCUGACCGCCUGAAGCGUCGCUUGGUCACCGGGUCACCGGAGACCAAAACGAGUGAUGAUGAGGCACAGCGCCAUGGGCCGGCCGCGGCCUCGGUGACCGGCCCUGGGAACCGCAUGGGCCCCAGGCAGGCGGAGCUGGGGCCCAGCUGGUGCCCCUCCGGCCUGGUCUCGCGGCAGCUCACCGAGGCCUUGGCGGCCCCUAAGGGCAAACUGCCCCUGCGCCUGCGGGAGGCACAGGCUCGGGCCAAUGCCGAGCCCGGAGCACAGAGGGACGAGUGGAAUGCAACGGACCAGGUCUCCAAUAUUCUGAAACCGGCUCAGCUAGUGUUCGCCAGCACCAAGGCCAAUAGGGUGCCUAUGAAGGUCAAGGCGGCCCAGGCAGGCUGGCUAUUGAUGUACAUGAGCCCUGAGGCGGCAGUCCAUCACACCUUGCUGAUGUUUUCUCACCAGCUUUGGGGCUUUGGGGUGAGGCAGCUCUCCAGGGAGGUCAGACAACUGACGCCAAGUAUCAAGGAGCUGACGCUGCACGCCCCGGGGCUUCGCUUCAAAGCAGGCAAUUGGGUCGACUUCUUUAUCGACCAGGACGGGGUCGACCGGGUGGGGGGCUACUCCAUGUCCUCCGUGCCGGCGGAGCUUCCCACGCUGCGCCUGGCAGUGAAGGCGUCGCGCCACCCCCCGGCCGCCUGGUGCCACGACAAGGCGCAGCCGGGGAAGUGGGUGAAGCUGAAAGCUGGCGGCAGCUUCUUCUUCGACCCAAAGCAGUACGGCUCCCACUUGCAGCAGUUGGUCUUUAUCGCCGGCGGGAUCGGCAUCAACCCGAUCUUCUCCAUGGUGCAGGAAACCUUGCUGCACACCAAGCUGCGAGUGGCUUUGCUCUACUCCGCCUCUGAGGAAAAAGAGUUGGCCUACCAAGCUGAGCUGGAGCUUCUGCGUGACAGACAUCCCCAGAUGCAUCUGGAGCUGCGCGUCACACGGAAUGCAGACUGGGAAGGCGCGCGGGGACGGCUGACGGGCCAACACAUCUUGGAGCAUGUGGAGGACGUCAACUCGGCCGAGAUAUUCCUGUGUGGCCCUCCAGCCAUGACAGAUGAGCUGGUGAAGCAGUUGGAACCCAUAUCCUUGAAGCUGCACUAUGAACGUUGGCGCUUCAUCAGCCUGAGUAUCGUGUUGGAAGCAGGUGGAAUCCCGCUGCUGUCUCACGAGUCCAAACAAAGCUUCAGCAAGAAACCAGCAGCUGCUGUGCUGGGCUUCGUGUCCCGAAAGCUUCCGGGUUUGCCGCCUGCGGAGAGUCAGGACAUGCCCAAGGCAUACGCCUGGACCACUCCGAGGUGCAGCACUCCCCGGCGACAGGGCCAGGGGAGGCCAUCAGACAGCCGAGAGAUGACGAUGCCCAAAGAGACGUCGCUGCCAUCUGGUGGCUUGGGCGGGGCUGCGGAAGGUUCAGAGGCUCCCCAGUCGGGAGCCGCCCCGCUCACUGCACGGGAGCGGUAUGCACCCAAGAAGGAGCUCCUUUUUCGGCCCUGUUCAGCCGCAAAGCCUCGUAUCAACUCGUCCACCUGCUGGCGUCCGAAUGAGCACAGUCUGCAGCGGAACAGCUUCAACUCCAUUGUUAGCAAGGAGCCCCUUGAUGUGACGGAGGUGAUGCUCCGCAACGCCAGUAUGGGGCGGCAGGCUGCCUCGCGGAGCUGGGGCCAGACUGGUGUCCAGGUGGCCUCGCAUCACGGAGGCCGAAAGCCUUCGGUGGGUUGCGACGUUCCGACGUUGCAGAGCCCUGGAUGGAGCCGAAUGGAGGCGGACUAUGGCCGCUACUUCUUGUCCAACUACAGGAGUGCCUGGCUUCACGAUGAGGUUGUGCGGCUGGAUGUUCUAGAGGAGAGCACCGGAAGAUCACAGGAGGCGGGCGACACCUCGCCCGAAGCUGCACGUGCCACCGCGCGUGAUGAAGAACCCGAAGGCCCGCCGGUGACGCUGCCGCCCACACAGCCCCCGACGCAGCCGCCCACGGCCCCGCGCACGGUGGACGAGACCCCAGACGCCCCCGAAGCCUCCCCCGUGGAAGUGGACGGUGCCAGGUCAGCCAACGUGGACUUUGACGAGCUGCAGAGGAAGCUUCAACAGCUUGCAUGUGGCACCAGGGAGGAUUCCAAGGCAAAGCGUACUGCCGUAGAGGACACGCCCUCCCCUGAGAAGCAGAUCCGGUUCAGCGAGAGCGAGACCGCAGCGGAGCCAGAGCAGCACACUACCCAGCAAGGUCGGCGCUUCCCUGCGCUGCCACAUGCCGCGGCAGUGCGGGAGCCCCGCGAGGACUCCGGCGAGCUGAAGAGGAAUGCCUUCCUGGAUGAGGUGCAGCGGAACAGCGCUGGGAGAGAAUCCCGGCUGCGGCAGGCACCCCUGAGACCGAUCCCCGAGCCCGCGGCCGACAUUUCGGUGGUGGAGAUGGACGAGGAAGUGACCAGACACUUGGAGGCCUUCUUCAGCGACGAAGAUGUGUGGCAGAAGCUGAAGCAGGAUGUGCUGGGAGAUGUGAGCAGUGAGCUCACGCAGAAGAUUCAUCAUCUGCCUGUGGUCGCGAAUGCUUCCAAGUUCAAGGUGACCGUUCCGAAGCCCUAUCCUGGCGUGCAAUACAGGCGAUCGAAGCACUUGGAGGAAAGAUACAGCCGCUAUGCAGAGAACGGUGCCAUCGUGGUGGGACAGCUCAUGGACGGUGAGUGGCUUUGCAUCAGCGGCAACAUCUUCCUACCUGUUCAAGUUGGACAGAUUCACAUCCUGGAAGAAGUCAUGGAUGCAGAGGAGUCGUCCCAACUUGACCCCAAGGCCACUUCCGCUCCGAAAGAAGCGUGGUGGGUGUGCUGCCCCUCCAGCGCCAGCCAGAAGGUGGCGGAAGCUGCCGCUGGGGGCGUUGCGCUGGAGCAAGUGGCCCAGCCUAUGAGGCCUGGACCGACAUCCAAUUAG